AUGUCACUAGAUCAUGACGACAUGCUUGAUCGCCUCGCAUCGAGUCCGACGGGAGGACAUCAGGACCUCUCUAAGCUGGAGAAGGAAUUGCAAUCACUAAUGCAAGAGAAACAAGAACUCAUGAUGAAACAAAGCAAAGACUUUAUGGAAGAACUUUUUAAGCAGAACAGCACCCAGCCAAUCAAAGUGAAGAACGUCCAAAUCACAAACGGCCAUAGCUUCCGAGACAAUUUCUUACAGGCCCAGUUUUCACCAUUGCUCAACAGCAAACAACCUGUGUCCCUACAAGAGUUCUUGAAACAGUUGAGCGUAGUAGAAAACCUUAUGGUAGGAAUACAUCCAGUGGUGGGAACUAUAACUACACAGCUGAUCUUUGGAAGAAGGACGGUUCCUGACAAUGGGGCAUGUAUAUCUGUAGUGCCGAUUUUCAAUACCUUGCCAGUAAAGAAGUUCUACGCCAAAACUGGUACCAACAUCGGCAACGGUGAAGGAGACGGUUAUAUUCAAUUUCAGUUGAAAAAUAUCUUUGGUGGUGCUGAAAACAUUUCUUUCGAUGCUGUAACAGGCACAAAGACCCUGUCGUCGUAUUUGCUCAACUAUAACCAACCAGUAUUCAAUAAUGCUGACUACAUUUCUGAGAAUAGUUUCUCUACAAAUACCAGAAAAUGGGACUGGAUCCAAUCGAAUGUGAAGACUUUUGGGUUUUCGAACAAGAUAUAUACCCAAUUCGAUGGUCCUGUAAAUCACGAGUUCACUGUAGAAAACUACUGGAAAGUACUCGAAAACUUGAACUCUAAGUCCAUUGAUGUCUACACACAAUCUGGAUCCCAUUUCAAGAACUCACUCAUUUAUAAUGUCUCUUAUGAUACCAGAAACAACAAGCAUCUACCCACACAAGGCAAAUUCCUCAGAUUUGGUGUGGAAUACAAUGGCUUGUUCAAGUUCACUACUUCUCCGUUUAUCAAGUCUGUGUUUGAGUCUCAAUUUGUGUAUGCUUUUCCUAAAAACUGGUAUACCUCUGUAAUUUUGACUGGUAAAUCUGGAUUCUUGUUCCCCUUAAACAAGACCACAUCUGUAUUAGAUCGUUUCUACAUAGGUGGCCCCAAUGAUGUUCGUUCCUUUACCCUUAAUGGACUUGGUCCAAAGGACUAUAAUUCCUCUAUUGGAGGGGAUAUGUUUAUAAAUGGUGGUUUAUCAUUCAUUUCCAAGAUCCCUCGAGUCAGCUCCGAAUCCAACUUCAAGUUACACAACUUUGUCAACUUUGGAAAAUUGGUUCCCAUGGACAAAUCUGCUGGAUUUGUUCGCAACUUCAAGUCCGUGGUUGGGGACUUCUCUCUAAGUUACGGGUUCGGAAUUUUGUACAAUCAUCCUAUGGCGAGGUUUGAACUCAACUUCGUUCUUCCACUAGUUGUUCAUGAUAGAGACUACGUGAGAAAAGGGUUACAGUACGGUAUCGGUGUAUCCUUCUUGUAA